GUUUUAAUCUGUCAAUUUAGUAUGUGUCAAAAUUGAGGUUAUUAUUCGAUUUCUUUCGUAAUUAUUAAUUUAUUUAGUUAUAUUUGUGGUUGUUAUAAAAGGAUUUAAAAAUGCCUAGGGAUCAUAGAAAGAGGGAACAUUCAGAAGAAGUUGAAAAAUACCGUCGUAAAUCGAGAUCUCGCUCAAAAUCGAAGGAAUCAUAUCGAAAAUCAAGAAAAAUGUCUACUAGAAGCCACCAUUCAAGAAGUUCCUCGCGUUCUAAACACAAAUCAAGGUCCCCAAAAAGAUCUGAAUCAUCUAAUUCUGAUUCAGAUUCUUCUUCAUCAUCUUCAAAUAAAUCGGUAAAAUUAUUAAAAAAAUUAAAAACGCAACGUUUAAAACAAGCUGAGGAACGAAUGAGACAAAAAGAAUUAAUGAAAAGUAAAGAAACGCCGGAAGAAAAACGUUUAAGACGAUUACUCAAAAAAGAGGCGAAAGAAAGAAAACGAAAAGAACGAAUGGGUUGGGAUAACGAAUAUUUACAUUACACAAAUACCGAUAACCCCUUUGGUGACGCAAAUUUACUCUCAACGUUCGUUUGGACGAAAAAAUUGGCGAAAGACGGAUUAAUCGGCGUUGGAAGAGAAGAACUAGAGGCUAGAAAUCGACAUAAACAAGGCGAAAAUAAACGAGAAUUAGAAAAAGUUAAAAAACGUCGAUUAGAACGCGAAUUAGACCGACAAAAACGAGAGGACGAAAUGCAAUUAUUACAAAGAAGUAAAGAGGCGGCUCAAUUUGAGGAGUGGGAGCGACAAGAAGAUCAAUUUCAUUUAGAACAAGCUCGAUUACGUUCUCACAUUCGUAUUCAAGAUGGUCGAGCUAAACCCAUCGAUUUAUUAGCUAAAUAUAUCAGUGCAGAAGAAGAAGUUGACGCUGUUGAAAUGCACGAACCUUACACCUAUUUAAACGGGCUUCAUUCGAAAGAUUUAGAAGACCUCGUCGAAGAUAUAAAAGUAUACAAAGAAUUAGAAAGAGGAAAAAACCUCGAUUAUUGGAACGAUAUCACUGUAAUUGUUGAGGAUGAACUACAAAAAUUACGCAAAAUUGAGAAACAACAUGAAUAUGAUAUGGGGAUGAAUAGACGUGAAGGGAUUCAUCAAUCCGUUGCGAGUGACGUUACAACCGUUUUUAAAGGAAAAACUUCGGGGCAAUUAGCCGCCUUACAAACGCAAAUUGAAAGAAAAAUAAAUGGAAAAGCUGAUGGAAUCGAUAUAGGUUACUGGGAAAGUUUAUUGUCUCAAUUAAAAGCUCAUAUGGCUAGAGCGCGAUUAAGAGAUAGACAUCAAGAUAGUUUAAGAAGAAAAUUGGAGGUUUUGAGAGCUGAACAAGCUGUUGCGACGACUUCUACAGAAGAAAAUGUUGCUAAUAAUGACGGUAAUUUAAUUGAUAGUAAAGAAGAACCUGGACCAAGUACAAGUAAAGAUAGCCAAGAAGAGGAUAGUGAUGAUGAAAAAAAUGAGGAUUAUGCAAAUGAUUUGUUGAAUGAGUGUUUUGCUGCUUACGAAGCUGGUUGUUAUAGUCCUAAAUUUUUAACUCCUGAUGAAAUUGAACCUGGUACCAUUGUUGUGACCGAAGAAGAUGAUUUGAGUCGAUUGGAGUUUGCUAGGGCUCAAGUUUUAGGGACUGGAAGGAAAAUUGAGAACGUUGUUACAAAAGAAGAACUUUUACUCCAACGCGAAGCAAGAAAAGGUAUGGGAGACGACGAAGCUCAAUUUUCAGUUGAAGCCGCAUUAGAUAACCAGGUAUAUCUUUGGUCGGACAAAUACAGACCAAGAAAACCAAGAUAUUUCAACAGAGUACACACAGGAUUCGAAUGGAACAAAUACAACCAAACUCAUUAUGACAUGGAUAACCCACCACCAAAAAUCGUUCAAGGGUAUAAAUUUAAUAUAUUCUACCCCGAUUUAAUCGAUAAAAACAAUACUCCCGAGUAUUUUUUGACACCUUGUCCCGAAAAUAGAGAAUUUGCCAUCUUAAGAUUUCACGCAGGGCCUCCGUACGAAGACAUCGCAUUUAAAAUUGUUAAUCGAGAAUGGGAGUAUUCAUAUAAACGGGGAUUUAGAUGUCAGUUUCAUAAUAAUAUUUUUCAGUUAUGGUUUCAUUUUAAAAGAUAUAGAUAUAGGAGAUAAAUUAAUUUUGUUA